CUCUCUCCUACUCUGCAAAACCCUUUUUCAUUCUCAUUUAUCGGUAUUAAAGUGUGUCCAUAUUUUUUCAACAUUAUUUGAUUUCGUAUACCACUCUCUCUUCUCUCUUAUCACUUACCUUUUUUAUUUUUCUUUCUAACUUCUCUCAUUUUCAAGUUUCUCUUCUUCUCAUCUUCAUACAUCCAUAUAGCAACACUAAAAUGAAGAAAUUUGUGCUGAAAUUAGAUUUGGAAGAUGAUAAGGCAAAACAGAAAGCCUUGAAGACAGUUUCAACACUUUCAGGGAUUGAUGCCAUCACCAUGGAUAUGAAGGAGAAGAAACUAACUGUGGUAGGAAUUGUGGAUCCAGUAAAAAUAGUGAGCAAGCUUCGAAAAUAUUGGCAAGCGGAUUUAAUCUCGGUAGGACCGGCAAAGGAGCCAGAGAAGAAAGAAGAGGCGAAGAAAGAAGAACCGAAGAAAGAAGAAGAGAAGAAAGAAGAGGGAAAGAAGGAGGGGGAGAAGAAAGAAGAGGAAAAGAAGGAAGAACCGAAGAAAGAAGAAGAGAAGAAAGAAGAGGGAAAGAAAGAAGAAGAGAAGAAAGAAGAGGAGAAGAAGAAAGAGCCAGCACCAGCACCUGACCCUGUUUUAGAAAUGGUGAAGGCUUAUAGGGCUUAUAACCCUCACAUGACAACAUAUUAUUAUGUUCAAAGUAUGGAAGAGAAUCCCAAUGCUUGUGUGAUUUGCUAAAUGGAAAGAUAUAUGAGGAAGAGUUUCCAAACUUGUAAGGGAAUCAAAUUCUCUUUGAUGAAUUAUAUGUACAUGUUUUGUAUCAGGGUUUGUCGAAAUAACUUCGACAAACUUACUCUGAUACUAGACAUGCAAUAUAAAGGAGAACUUCGCCAAGAAGAGAGAAACUCUCAUUGUAUAUAAUUUGGUGGUGAUCUUCUUUUAAGUUGUUUUGAGCCAUUAAGUAAUGUGUAGAGAAGGAAUAAAAUUUUGAGGUAUUCCAUUUUGUUUUGAAAUGAUAAUGUAAUUGAUACUGGUUCUCCCUUUAAUAGUUGUAUGAAUAUAAUUACUAAAUUAUUUGUGUA